GUCGGUCGGAGCUUCUACAUGGAUGGUGGAACCAUGCGCUUCGAAGAUUGUGCGAGUAGAUGGAAGGGCGGGGGCCUUUCCCUCCAGUCCUCUCGCUGCAGCACCAGCUCUUGUAGCAUCACCCAAGCGAGCUUGGCCUUCCGCUCCUGUUCGUCCAGCUUCGGGGGAGGCUUGCAUGUGAAUGGCGCACUGGGCUUGAUGCAGUCCAAUGCGAGCUUCCUCAACUGCAGUGCCCAAAAAGAAGGAGGAGGGGUGUAUGUGCACAAAAGGUCUGAGCUCACAGCGCAAGCUGGCAGUCUUACAUUCAAGCAAUGCGAAGCCAGCAAGUACGGCGGUGGACUUCAUCAUGAAACCGAUGCAAAGGUCAGGCUCGACAAGAUUGAUGUCAUUUUUGACAAGUGCACUGCUGGCAAAGCUGGAGGUGGCUGGGACGGCACGGGAACGCUGACCCACAGCCGCGGCCGAAUGGAGUUUCAGUCCUGCAAAGCCUUCCGAGGCAUAGCCUUUGACACCACGCUAGGUGCUGAUCUUGACCACGUCAAGAUUGAGAUGUGCAUUGGUGUGGUUGGAGACAUCUUAAGUUCCAAGGGCACAGUGGCAAUUCAGCAUUUGACGUUCUUGUAUGGUGGACCCUCUUCUGGCUUCCAUGGCGAGGUGAUGGCGCAGAAUAUUUCCAUAUCAGAAGUGGACUGCGUGGCAGUUCACGAGUGCGUGCUGCAUGCUAAUACCAUACAGGCGGCGCUUACGUGUGACGCUGCGUCUGUGACGAUGCAGGCGGGCUACAUGCUCACCGUCCCGAACCUGUCUUCUGUCGCCAACUUCCGGGAACUUGAUGCGGUCAACCGCACCUACUUCUGCCCAAACGAAGCGACCUGUCCAGGAGGACGCCUGGCCUACGAGAAUCAGACAGCGAUGUGUUCCCUUGGGGUGCCAGCUACGUUUCUGGCGGCCCUUGCACAGGCUGACUGGUUUGCAGGGCAGGCCGCCUUUCUCCGAGACCUUCUCCUUGGUUGGGGUAUUGCGAUUGAUGUAUUCAGUGGCCAAAGCGCCGUAGGCACACCCAUGCCUUGCAUUACAAUGGCCGUGUUUGGUUAUACUCCACAUGUCACGUUCUUUUGGGCCAAUCUCGCUCUAGUCGUCACCACUCCGCUGCUGCUGGUGUUCAUGCUGGGAUGCAUGAAGGGAUUUUGGCUCGGCCUCAUCGUCGGGAUGAACUGUUUCCUCCCCGCAGUUGUUGCACGAGUUAGCUUGCUUCUUCUUGUCUUCAGACCAGCAAGAUGCGAUCCUCUUCAAUUCUAUUACCAAAUUCCUGAUGGACAGUUUUGGGGCUACCUGCUCAAACCUGUCGCGGUGCUAGCCGUUUGCUUCACUGGUGCCACCUGCUUGUGGCUCAGGGCAGUGCGCUCAGACCAGAAGCCUGCCCUUCAUGUUCUCUACCUAGCAGCACCCUACAAGCCAGAGUUUGCGGCAUGGGAAGUGGAGCGGUUGAUCCGCAAGAUGACUUUGGGCAUGCUUUCCGCGGUAUUCCCUGUCACCCUUCACCCACUGUUUCAGCUGGAAUCUGUGGCAUUGGUCUUGAUUCUGUCAGCAGCACUGUACUACAAGUCGCGGCCCUAUACCCAGGAAAAGUUCAACGAAACAGAGAUUGGACUGCUUGGGGCAGCAAUCACGAUGACCGUGUUCACUGUAAUGUGUGUGGUGCCCACUAAAAGUUGGGCAACGUCUAUUCCAGGUCUUAAGCUCGCAGGAGGUGUGGCUGCUGUCGUAGUGGUGAUGGGUGGCACGGCAUGGAUGGCCAUGUCAAUUUGUGCUGCAAUUAUCGAGGAGCGCAGGAAGGAGUAU